CGACAGUAUUUUGAUUCUGUACGUAACGAUACAAAGAAAUUUUGCUGAGAUAAAUCAAUCAACAACACUGGCAAUUAUAAUCAAAGUCACGAGUAAUUAAGCUUCAAGAUCAUGGACAUUGUGCCCCUUACUGGUUUGGAAAGGUUUUACAUAUAUGCUAUUCAUGGAUAUGUAACUGAAGUUACAUUUACUGCCAUUUGGGAGUUUGUGGUGAAUUUGAAUUGGAAAUUUACUGGGAUUACAAGUAUCUGGUCAUUUCCAAUAUAUGGGUUAUCAGUGUUAGUGAUAGAAUAUUUAUAUUUAAAAUUACGAGACACUAUACCAGUGUAUAUUAGAGCAUUAAUUUAUACAAUAUGGGCCUACAUGUGGGAAUUCAGCACUGGUUUUGUUUUGAAAUAUUUUGAUGCCUGUCCGUGGGAUUAUACACAAUUUGAUGGUGAUUUUAUGGGCCUUGUGACACUAGAAUAUGCACCAUUCUGGUAUUUUGGUUGUAUAAUUUUAGAACAAGUUAUUAUAAAAAAUACCAGAAAACUUUAUUUCGGUGCACCUAUUGAACAGAUAACAGUGAAAAAUGACAGAAAAAAAAAUUGAUGUCUGUUAAAAUAUGAAAUAACAUUGUUCUGUGAUGUCGCUUUGCUAUUCCACCCUAUGUACUACAAUUUAUUUUGGGACAAAUAUGAAAGUUGAUCUGGUCUGUUAAUAAAAGUCUAGUCUAUUUUCAUAUGCCAGAUUUGGGUUAAAGGAUUCUACUUGAAUCUCUAAGAACUGAUCAUUCCUGAUGACAAAUUUGUAUUUUUUUAGGAUGUCUUAUUUUUGAUAUCAUAUAAGCUUAAAU